UUUUCUUUUACACGCGGCAUACAGAAAAGAAGGUUAAGUUUCGUGCCGACGUCUGGGUGUUUUAUUAAUUUUUCAUAAAUAAAAAUUAAAACUAAAUGAGCACAAAGUGACACAAUGUUUGUGCUCUACGAAACGCCGGCGGGCUACGCCAUUUUCAAGCUGAUGGAUGAAAAGAAGCUUGAACAGGUCGAUAAUCUGUACUUGGAGUUCGAGACUCCGGAGAAGGCGAACAAAUUGCUGAAAUUGAAGCAUUUUGAGAAAUUCAACGACACCACAGAGGCGCUGGCCGCCGCCACGGCAGCUGUCGAGGGCAAGGUGGCCAAGCCGCUGAAGAAAACGCUGAAAAAGUUGCUAAUCGACGAGGUGCAGGCGCCCCUGCUCGUGGCCGAUGCCAAACUGGGCACAGCCAUCAAGGACAAGCUGUCGGUGCAGUGUGUGUACAACACUGGCGUCCAGGAGCUGAUGCGCUGCAUCCGCCAGCAGGCGGACAGUCUACUGGGCGGUCUGCCCAAGAAGGAGAUGACGGCAAUGGCCCUGGGUCUGGCCCACUCUCUGUCACGCUACAAGCUGAAGUUCUCGCCCGACAAAAUCGAUACCAUGAUUGUGCAGGCGCAGUGCCUGCUCGAUGAUUUGGACAAGGAGCUGAACAACUAUAUGAUGAGGGCCAGGGAAUGGUACGGCUGGCACUUUCCCGAGCUGGGCAAGAUCAUAACCGACAACAUUGCCUUUGUGAAGACCAUCAAGCUGGUGGGCACCAGGGACAAUAUGGCGGCCGCCGACUUGUCCGAUAUCCUGCCCGAAGACGUUGAGGAGAAGGUGAAGGAGGCAGCCGAAAUAUCGAUGGGCACUGAGAUCUCCGAGGAGGAUGUCCUGAACAUUCAGUGCUUGUGCGAUGAGAUUGUCUCCAUCAAUGACUAUCGCACGCAUCUGUACGACUACCUCAAGGCACGCAUGAUGGCCAUGGCACCCAAUCUAACGGUGCUGGUUGGCGACACAGUCGGCGCCCGUCUCAUUGCCCAUGCCGGUUCGCUGAUCAACCUGGCCAAGCAUCCCUCAUCAACAGUACAAAUUCUUGGCGCCGAAAAGGCCCUCUUCCGUGCCCUCAAAACCAAAAAGGACACGCCCAAAUACGGUCUGAUCUAUCACGCCCAGCUGGUGGGACAGGCGAGCCAAAAGAACAAGGGCAAAAUGUCACGUUCACUGGCGGCCAAAGCAUCGCUGGCCACCCGCGUGGAUGCCUUCGGUGAAGAGGCGACCUUUGAGCUUGGCGCGGCGCACAAAGUGAAGCUGGAGGCCCGUCUCCGAAUGCUCGAGGAGGGCAAUCUGCGCAAGUUGUCCGGCACGGGCAAGGCCAAGGCCAAGUUUGAGAAAUAUCAGGCCAAGAGUGAGGUGUUCACGUAUCAACCCGAGGCGGAUAACACAUUAAAUGUGAAGAAACGCAAACACUCGGAGGCCGAAGAUGAGGAGAGUACGCCAGUCAAGAAGGAGGUCAAGAAGGAGGUGAAGGAGGAGCCAGCCGAAGAGGAGGCGGAACUUAAGUCCGAGAAGAAGAAAAAGAAGAAGAAGAAGCAAAAGGAUGAAGAGGCAGCCGAGGAGGAGCCCAAGACAGAGCCCAAGCCAGAGCCCGAACCCGAAGAGGCGCCAACUCCAGCCAAGAAAAAGAAAAAGUCCAAGAAGGAGCAACAGGAAUAGAGGCGUGGCGGGGAAAUAGUUUGUAGGCUCUUAACUUGUAGCAUUUCAUUAUACAUUAGGAGAACCGUAGGAUUCUAUAUAUAAUUAUCAGCAUGAGUAAAGUUUAUUUUGUUCUAUACAU